AUGAACUCUCUGUGGCUCCUUCUGCUCGCUGCCAUCGUCAAUGGAAGGACUGCCGAGCUUCUCGGCGGCAGCAACACGACCUCCGACGGUGUUCUCGUGGGUCUAACCCUGAUACAGUCCGCCGUUGCGAAGGGAGCUGGUAAGUUGGGGACCUCCGCCGCCGGCCGGAGGAGGAGCUCCUUUCCUGUUCACUUGCGCUCUUCUCCUCCUCCCUGUUCUUUCUUCUACGCUCUGCGAUUCUCAUACAUUCGUUCUUCUUCGCCGGCUGAAGUCUGCCUGGACGGAACGCCACCGGGGUAUCAUCUUCAUCGCGGCUAUGGCUCGGGAGCAAACAGCUGGCUGGUACAGUUAGAGGUGAGAGAACCGUUGCCAAUGAACAUCCCAGUUCCUUGGUUUAAUCUACGUUUGUACCCGCGAUUUCUAAGUUUCUGAAUAAGUAUUUGCCAUUUCUUCUUCUUCUGUUGCUGCUGCUUCUUGCUUAAUUGAUCUCCAGGGAGGAGGAUGGUGCAACAAUGGGAGGACCUGCGUCUUCAGGAAGACGACUAGGCGUGGUUCGUCGAGAUAUAUGGAGAAGUGGCUACCCUUCACAGGGAUCUUGAGCAACAAGCCAGAAGAAAACCCGGGUAACAAUAUUUCUCGGAAUUUUUAUCAUCACAACCCGUUGGAUGGAAACUUUUUUUUUUUUUUGGCGAAGUUCGUGCUCGAUGUUUGAUCUAAAAACAGCCACUCCUGGUUACAAUGUCGUGCAGAGAAGAUCGAUUGAAUAGUUUUAACGAAUAUUUGCAGAUUUCUACAACUGGAACAGAGUCAAGAUUCGGUACUGUGAUGGUGCAUCGUUCAGUGGCGAGGGUUAUGAUGAGGUCAGUUCUGUGAGAUUAUUUUCCCUGCCACUUCAUUGAGUUUUUUAAAUAAUAUUCAUCCGUGAAGAUUUUAUAUAUUAAUGACUUUUUUGAUCAGUUGUUAUGGUUCUUAUCUCGGAUUUUGAAUUUUUAUGACCACUAAAGCUUCAUGCUGCGGAGGUUAUUCUGGAUUUAUCCCCUUUUCGGCUAAAUCUUUCUCCGUUAUUUAAUACCUAAUAAGAUAACACAAUCUGCCGUUUUUUCCUCGUAAACCAGGGAUUCUUUGGUGAUUUUUUAAAGGAUCGUUUUCUAUAUUUUCAAUCAGCUGAAUUUAAUUCAUUUAAAUACCUGUUCUUGAGAAUGCCAUGAGAGAGUAUCAUAACUGUCAGCACAUGAUAAAGUAUAAUUAACUCUUGAUAAUACCCCGUUCUUCCAUCGCUCCCAAAAGUCUUUUUUGCUCCAAUUCUCAUAUAUAUAUAUAUAUUCAGCUCCAUGGCCUCUUCUUCCGAGGUCAACGCAUCUGGUCAGCAGCAAUGGAGGAGCUACUGUCAAAGGGGAUGCGGUAUGCUGACAGGGUAUCUCAUCCAAUCUUUUUUCCUCUUCUUUAAUUAUCAACUUUUCUAUAACUGGGCCACAUGAGGUAUUUCUCCCAUCAUAUAACAUGCCGUUUCUAUCAUCAUAGCAGCUGGGUAUGAGAUUUUUUUUUUUAGUUGGCCGUAAUACCUUAGGUUUCUGUCAUCAGGCCAACAAGGUAUUUUCUCGACCGUGAGAUUUUUUAUAAAUAAUCAAUGCUCUAAUUAUCAUGCCGUUUUCGAUAAUAUUUGGUCUUCACUCAUAAUAUUAUUUUCAAUAAUCAGGGCUUCUAUUGUCAUGCCAACGGCGUUUUUCUUUUCUGAUGGAUAUUUUUUUCUUAUUUUCUGUUGUAACAUUUUGUAAAUCAGGGUAUUUCUUCCAUCGAUAACUAUUUUUUUAAACAGAUUUUUUUUUUUUCAUGGCAGCCAUGGUUGGUAUCUCUUCUGUCGUGAAAUAUUUCCUUCUAUGAACAAUCAUGGAUUCUAUCUAUCAUCACGCCGACAGGGUAUUUCUUGGAUCCAUAAAUAUUUCCUCUUUUUUUAGCAAUCAGAGAUUCCAUCAUCAUGCCAACCGGGCAGGGAAUUUCUUCUGUCAUAAAAUAUUUCCUUUUUUUUAAUGAUCAAGGAUUUAUAAAACAUGCCGUCAGGAAAUUUAUUUAAUCAUAAAAUAUUUCCUUUUUUUUUAAUAAUCAAGAUCUUGAUCAUGCUCAUGCUUAUGAUCAUUUGGGCUGAUAAACAUGUCUUUCUAGGCUCUUCUCUCUGGCUGUUCUGCCGGGGGCCUGUCGACAAUCCUACACUGUGACCAGUUCAGGGCUCUGCUCCCGUCAAACGCUAAAACUAAGUGCCUUGCUGAUGCCGGCAUGUUUCUCGACAUGUAUGCACUUUUUUUUUCCCUGAUUUAAUUAAUUCCCUCUUUAAUUUCCCCAGUUAAUCACCUACUCGAUGCCCCUGAAUUUUCCUAUUUUAAUCAUCCAUUAAUUUCCCUAUUUAUUUCCUGAUGCCUGCCUAUGCAGCGUUGAUGUCGGUGGCGACCGUGCUCUGAGAUCCAUGUUCGAGGGUGUGGUCACCAUGCAGGUGGAUAAAUAAAUAAAUAAAUAAUCAAUAAAGUAUUACCGUAUAACUUAUAAUUAAUUAGGAUAUCGUUCAUACUAUUAUCAAUUUUGGAUUAUUAUAAUUUCAUAGUGGCGGUUCUUAAUCGGUCUCUUUGCAUGAAUCUAUGCUCUGGUGGCAACGACAGGGGGUGGCGAAAAACCUGCCUCGGAGCUGCACAUCACGGAUGGAUCCAACCUCGGUGAGCUCUCUCAUUUCCAUUUUUCCUCUGAUUAUUUCUGUGUAUAUGUUACCUUUUUCUUUAUUAUUAUAAUGUAUAUAUAUAUUUUUUAUUUAUUCUUUUUUUCUUUCAGUGCUUCUUCCCCCAGAACUUGAUCAGCCAUGUCCAGACCCCAAUCUUCCUUCUGAAUUCAGCAUACGACCUGUGGCAGGUGACUCCCGUCUCCUCCUCUUACAGCCUGCCUCUCUAGAUUUGGUGAGAUGGGUAUUUAUGCUAAUAAUCUAGAGAGAGAAAAUGAGAAAUAUUGUAAUUUAUUAUUAUUUUUAGUGGGAUGUAUACACUGUGAUCGUUACUAUAUUGUUCUUAUUUUUCCUACUCCCAGAUUAUGGAGAGCGUUGCUCCACCCGCGGCUGAUCCCGCGGGCAGUUGGAUGCCAUGCAGGAGGAGCCAUGCAGCCUGCAGUGCGCAGCAGCUGACAGUCUUGCAAGGUUCUUUACGGAUUCUCUCUCUCUCUAUGUUGCCGCCGGAUCGUCAAGCGAAUGGGUGUAAUUUUUCCUUUCCUGUGCAGGAUUCAGGAGCCAGAUGCUGGAAGCCGUCCAGCCAUUCUCGACGGCCAGCCAAAAUGGGUUCUUCAUCAACUCCUGCUUCGUCCACUGCCAGUCCGAGGAACAGGAAACCUGGUUCUCCGGCGACUCCCCUGUCCUCAAGAAUAAGGUAUGAUCUCUCGUCUCUCCUCUCUCUCUCUCUCUCUCUCUCUCUCUAUCUAUCUAUCUAUCUGUCGUGUGGGCGCAGAGAAUCGCGGAGUCAGUGGGUGACUGGUUCUUCCAGCGGGGCGGCUGCAAGGCGAUCGACUGCCCCUACCCUUGCGACAAGUCCUGCCGCCACCAGAACUGA